CGUUACAAUUUGACACAAUCGAUCGACAGUAACCGUAUUCAAAAUUUCAUUUCCAAAAAUUUAGAGAAUUCCUCCGGGGAGGAAAGCGGGGAGGGGGGCUCAUAGUGCAACGUCCUUCCUGAGAAAGUUUCGAGAUUAGUUCCGGAUCACGGAAGAGGCCGAACAGAGGAGCAGCAGGGGUCGAAAUCGGCGCUGGAAGGAAGCCGCGUGUCAUUCGGCGCGCACCAGCAUCGUAAAUCGAAGAUCCACCCGGCCUGCCGACCAAUCAGCGCACCGCACCAAAACACCGCCACUCUCCGGGGGACCAGCAUCGCGUCCUGUUCCUCUGAUCCUUUCACGGGCCUUCUAUUGUCCUUGACGGCCCUCCACUCCCACGCGCGCCCCGUAUCCUCGUCCCGAAAAACCUCCUCGCGUCCUGUCCCCUCCCCUCCCCGCCCCCGCCCGUACCACAUCCACCAUCGCGGUCCUUCGCCCACGGAGGGGAAGGAAUCCUGGCGAAAGGACGAAAAUCCGCCACGCUCUCUGGUCUCCUGGUAAAUAUUAGCUCGUGCUCCACCGACUUUGCACGAGUUCGCUCGAAUAUACAUGUGUAUGUGUGUGUGUAUAUGUGUAUCUAUACUUGUAUAUUUAUAUAUAGAUGCGGGAAGGAAGGAAGGAAGGAAGGAAGGAAGGAGGGAACAGCGAUUGGAUUUGAAUUCGAGGUUCAUUUGCGCGACUCGUGUGGAGAGAGGGAUGUUUUCAAGUUCUUUUUUUUUAAGCGUUCUUGUUGCUUUAGUUUCGUGUUGUUUGUUAAUGGACGUGGAAAGUUGGCCGUUAGAUCAUUCGUAAGGAUGUAUUUGGAUAUUUCAUCAAAGUGGUGAUGGAACUGUAAUUAAAAUUAUCUUUUAUAUUUCGCUCGGUUUAAAUGGUUUUCCGUGUCUCUUUGUUCAAAAUACUGUUCUGCGAACAGAAUUAUUUCCGGGUCGAGUAAUUCUGUUUGGGAUGUUUUUAAAAAAUAUCUUUCGUCCGUUGUACUUGUUUGGUUUAGUUUUUAAUUCGAAUUCGCUGUAUAAUAACUGUUGUGAAAAAUUCUUGUUGUCGAGCAGUUUUGCUCGCUUCACAUAUUUCCCUUUGCACGCGUCUUUUCGAUCAAAUUAACUCGUUUCUGAAAUCAAAAAUUACACACACGCGUAGAUGUAUCCAGUCGAAUACGCGCGUGGAAUCGCACAUUCCUUCCAACACGUUCGUUCGAAGCACCUUACCUUUUACCUACUUUCGCCGAUUAUUCAAAAGUAUCUAUAAUAACCCCUGUUGUCUCGAACUGCUAAUUUUUCUUCAGAAUCAAAGGGAAAUUGCAGGCAACGCGUUUCAUGAGUCGAUCAUCGACAUCAAAGGAAAUUCGGUUGGAGAAGGAAUCGACGACGAGGUGCGAACAGAAGGGGGGUAGCGAACAGAAGGGAGAUUAAAAAGGGUUUGCGCGGGGAGGAAAGGAAGAGGAGGGAGGGAAGGUGACAUAGGCGCCGGCGCCAAACGAGUGGCAACAGUCGAUAAACAGUCGUGACGGGUCGUGACGGACCACCCCCCCGGCCACCGUGAAAGUCCCGUAAAGCCCAAUGACAUAAAAUGUAACAGGAGUGACGGGCAAGGCCGCCUUUGGGGUUGGAUCACGAGAAAUUCACGGUGAAGGAGACCUCGUUAUUAACCAACCACCGUCGAGCCACCGCUCUCGUCAAUCGUUGCUCGAAACGAUCGAUGCGUUUGCACUGUGGAUGAUUAGGGACUACGAAGAGAGGGUUUUCUUUUUCUUUUUUUUUUUUUACGUUAUCAAGGUGAAUAUAGAGGAUGAAUGUGCACGAUUCUUGCACGUUUAUUAUUUGGUUAUUGAUUUAUCGAUAUAUUAAUGUAUUUAUUCGUUUGUGUAAUUUGCGUGUUUCGUGGAAUUUUUUCAAGUAUUCUUUUAAAAAGAUUGUAAAGGAUGAUGUGGUUUUUAAUUUUCUUACUUUUGGGAUAGAUAUUUUUUUUUUCCUUUUUUUUUUUCGAUCUUAAAAGAGAAGAUCGGUGGAAGGUUAAACGAACGCUCUUCGAGCAUCUCUUCAAACAUCUCCUCCUCGGCAAAGAAACGAAACCAGUAUAUCGGCGUUAAUAAGAAAGAUCCACUUAGACGAUGGAACUACGAUGCUAAUAUAUGACACGUUUUUUUUUCUCAAAUUUCAACCUGUGUUCCUUCAUCCUUGGUUGACUUUGAACUUUCUUGGUAUAUAUAUAUAUAUAUAUUUUCUUCCAUAAAUAAUUCUCUAUCUCGUUCUUUUCAAAUCAAAUAUCGCAGACCAUGGACAUCUUAACAAUACGUAAUUUAAUUUAUCCUGUAUUAUCCGAAUAAGACACGCGUAACAACGUUGGCUUUAUCGUUGAAAUAUUCAGAAUAGUCCUCAUUUGCAUACAUCAGAAUUAUAUACAUCGUAUUACGUUCCUCUUAUUAUCUUUCAUACGUUAAUCCUUUAUUGAAAUUCCGCUUAAAAUUGUUGAUUUAAAAAGAUGAAAUAACAUUUUUGUUUAAAAAAAUAAGAAAUUCUCCAGCUCGCUCGGAAAUAAGAGAAAAUAAAUCGUACGAUUAUUACCGAUGCAACGAUUAUUCGAUAACGAAUGAAUAUAUUUCCAUUAAUUGUAAAAUUCAAACUUGACACAAUUUUCAUUCUAAAAUCAUCAUAAUUACCAAUAUAUAACCAUAUUCGAUGCGACAUUUAACAAUGAUAUUCAAGUAUCUUCAACAAGAUCCUUUCGUCAUAACUUAAUAAAACUCGAAAUCAAAAUAGAUAUAUGCAUGUAUCUUCAUUCUUCUUCGGCGUAAAGAAGAAAAAAAUGGGAAAGCCAAGCCAAAAUUUCGCCCAAAACUCGUACGAUUACGAUUAAAAUCACGUUGAAUGCGACAUUCAAUGGCCACAUCCCGGGAUUCGCCCAUCAUACCCGGCACAACUCGAAUUCAAGCGUUUCUGAAGCGGUCGAAUUCCGUCGUGGACGGAAACGGCGGGAUUCCAGGUCGGCUGACAUCCUCGAAAUCAAUUUCGAGAUGGAAGGUUGGAUCCGUGGUGGGAUCGAAGACGUCCACGGCAUCCCACCAUUUCCGGGCGGCACGAAUUUAUCGAGCGGAAAUGCCGCGUUUUAUCUCCCCCUUUCUUGCCCCCUUUUCGUUACUUGGACGGGGUCCAAAAGUGAUUUGCAUCUAACGAAGCCACUUUGUUCCCGCGCGACGUGCCCUUUCUUCCCGUGCCGCGCGUAAAUAUCGGAAGGAGCAGAAAUUUACGGAGGAAGAGAAUUGGCUCGCGGGAAUGCUUCGCAUUUGACGAUUUUUCCACGAAUCUAUCUUUCUGAUCAAAUGUUCCUUCAGAUCGAAUUUUCAUUUUCUCCUUUUUUCUUCCAACGAUGUGAUGAAAUGCAACCUCGCUAUAUUUGUUUUCUUUUUUCUUUCCAAGAAAAAUAGAAACGGGACGCGGUAAAUUAUUAACAAAAUUUAAAAAGAAUAUUCGAAAGCAAAGACAGGUUUAUAUUAAUUUGGAUAAAAUUAAUUAUUGAGAAAUACGUUUUGUAGCAGCGAUGCACCGACUUUUUAGCCGUUUAAAUCCUCAAGAACGAAAGUGUCUUAAUUACUUAUUGGAUUACUUAUUAGAUAAAUAAUCGGAAGGAUGAAUUUAUCGAUGUUGCGCGGUAAUGUUUCUUCGUUAAUUGGAACCAUCCAGUAGCUCUCUUUCUCAUGGGAGUAUAUGAGAAAAAGUACAGUUUGGGAAUAUCAUUACUGUUCCUUUUACUUUCCUUUGUCGAGAGCUGUAUAUGAUGCAGAAAAAUGGUGGAUCCGCAAAGACGUUUCCGUGGAAGAGUGGUUUCCGAGCAACCACGUGAAUAUUGAAAGCCUGCUCCAAGGAGGAGGCCGUGGCGGGCUGCGGGGGCGGAUCGUGGAGAAAGAUGACGCGAGGGACAGAGAAGAGGUAACCGACAGCCCCGCGUUACGACAGUGUCGUAGCACGCGAUCAAUUCUCGAAAUGAUCGUCGAUCAAGAAAAAAUCCCUUCACGAGGAUUUGGAGAGCUUUUUAUUGAUCGAUAAAUUGAUCGUUUUUAUUUUAGAUUUCCUCUCUCUCUCUCUCUUUUAUUUUGAAAGCAAUUAUUAUCGGAUUAUUAUUACCAGAAAAAUUAAUUUUAGGUAACGAAGAAUCGUUAGAUCUUCAAGAUGUGAAAAUGUGUCGAAAAUGUGAUCGAGGAAAGAACAAAGGACGAUCGAUAAAAUCAUAAUAGAGAAAAAACGAAAAGGAAGAAUUAAAACCUGCUAAAUCUGAAUAAUAUAUAAUCGUAACGAUCGGGUUGUUUCUUCAGGAAAAGGAAAAGAAAAUUUCGUUUUCGAUGAGAAAACAGAGCGGGCAGCGGAAGUUUUACGCCACUGUGAGAGCAGAGCGGCGGUCUGCAAGAAGACUCAUUAAAACCGUGCACCACCGGCAGAUUUUCUCCCCGAGAAAAUAAAAGAAGGAGAAAAACAGGGAAGGUGAAGGGUGUGCGGUCCGCGAAAGAUCACCUGCAAAAGGGGCCAACGCGUGAGAGAAGGAGACCUCGAUGGAAACUUGGAAGGAAGAAAGAGAGAGAGAGAGAGACGCGAAUAAACCGGCUUCGCUAAUCCUAGAUUAAGAUCCAGUGACGUUUUGCGACACUUUCAUCGACUUAACUCCGCUUUAACACGCCUCGACUGGUUUUCCUCGACCAGAUCCUCGACGGCCAUGUUUUCCACCCAUUCUUCCCUCGAUUUUUUCUUUUUUCUUCUCCUUUUUAUUCAACCUCACUUCGAUCCCUCGAUUAUGACGAGCGUGGUCCCUCGUUAGCAGCUCGUUAACCUCGCUCACCGCUGGAAAAUCCUUAAUUACCGCGAUCGAAACGACCAACCUUGAUUCCUCUCCUCCUUCUUUGGAUACCUCGACCUCGUUUCCGGUUUUGGGCGGCCCUUUCGGGAUAAUUUCUCCGAAUGGAUGCUGUGUGCAACUAUUGCCAAUCGGAGGAUGAGAGAAUUUCAGCGUUUCUCUCUAUGGAUUCAAACGAAUGCACACUCGAUUCAGAGUAACGAUGCUUAUACAAAUAUCGACAAUUGUUUAUAAUGGUUUAUAAUCCUUUCGUAAAACUUCCGUUCAAAAUUGUUUCAAAAUUCUAUCCUGAUUUUUCGCUCCUUCCCGAAAUUUUCAAAUUCUUCGCAACCUGUUCAAUUCGGAUGCAGAAGUACGAGAAAGGGAAUAUAAUUCGGAAGGGAAUCCGGGGGAAUUUAUGCGAGUUUCCCUGAAAGCGGCGCGCGCGCGACGUGGCCGGAGGGCAGCGGCGAUCCACGACCGAAAUAACCGAGAUUUAUUUCGCGAGGGUCCGCUAAAUCCUGUUAAGCGGCGGGCGUGAACGCGCCUACGACUUAACAGCGUUAACGUUUCACGCUCGACGAUGCCUCGCCGCGAGCCUCAUCGAUUAUCGAGACUAACGAGUCCAAUUAAAGUGCCCUCCCGAUGUAUGGGGUCCACGGCGCUGGCUGCCUCGUUUCGUAAAAUGUGGAACGAAUAAAAAGCGCCAGAUCAUAGCGUUGUCCAACAGUGAGAGAGAGAGAGAGAGAGAGAAAGGAUAAUUCUAUUUUGGAAUUGCACCUUUUCUUUUUUUAUUUACGUUAUUGGGAAUUUAGGAAUUGAAUAACGAUUGGGUUCGAAAGAAAGAGUCACGUUUCGCUUAAUAUUGAACCAGGUUAGAAAGUGAUGGAAAUAUAUGUCUGAUAGAUCGUUUUUAAUAAUAGAUAUUGAACGAUUUAUAUUUUUAUCAAUUAUAAAUAUUCGUAAAAAUGUAUGAAUUUCGCGAGAUAACUGUAAUCGAGUUCAAGUGGUUGACUUUGAGUUUCCGUUCCGAAUUGGAAAUCAAUUUGUUUCCCUUUAUGUUCGUGGAAACGUGCAAGUUUGCGUUCGCGAGACCUCGAGUUGUUUAAUUUCGCGUCCACGCGAAGGAAAGACACACGAUUCGAGCGCAAAUCUCUCUCUUUUUCUUUCUUUUUCGAGAAGUUGAUUAUCAUAAAUAUAAAUUCUACGAUCUGAACGAGAAAAAGAUAAAAAGGGAACGAGGUCUCCGAUCAAAAACGAGUUUUCCCACCGCCAGUUUUCAGCGGAGAGUUAAUACGAGCCCGUUCAUUCGUGGAAACGCGGCUUUAACGGUACGCGUUCCGCGUAUGGAACAGAUUUAUCGAUCGGUCGAAAGGCUUCGAAUGCCACGAUGUUUCGCGAUCGGCCCUGUAAUUUCCUACUUGUUCCAAGGGUACAAAAGAAGCCAAAUACAGUCUCGAAUUCACGCUUGUUUGACCACGGAAAACAGCGCAAACAACAACACGGAAAUUAAAAUUUUAAAUCUUCCUCUUCCCCAAAGAGGAUCGAAAUUUAAUAUUUUCAGGCUCUUAGAUCCAGUGGUGGAUUCUAUCUUCAAAUGGUAGAAAUUCAUUUUUCCUGGGAUAGGAUGUAUACAUAUCUCAGGAUAAGAAAGUUUCAACUUUCUCGUCUAAACGGCGUAAAAAUAUCCCAGUUUCCUUGGCGCGUGUCUAUAUUAGAAAGUUCCACUAUUUUCUCCGAUGAAUCUGUUUCCUUCGUGCGAGGAUCCGCCUCUUUCCACUCGUUUCCGACUUUCGAAAUUCGAAUGGGGAGGGGGGAGGGAAUUUGGAAUUUGGAAAUCUCCGCCAAAUUUCUACAAAUUCGUUCAUUCAGCGAUCCUCAUCAUUCUGACUAAACGGGCGAAUCUCGUCGUUACGGCUCGUCGAGUAUUUAGGGCCCGGCGUAAAAAGAAAGGGAAGAGAAAAGAAAUGGAGAACGAAAACGAAACAACGACUCGAUCGAACGAGCGGGAAAGUAAACGAACGAACGAAAGAACGAACGCCUGUUCCCCACGUUGCCCACGUGCGUUCCCCAUAAGGGAUUGAUUUAUCGACCGGUCGGAUCCCAUAAUUCUGUGAUCGAGCGCAUAAUUUCGUGCGGCGAAUAAACCUCGCGGGCUCGCGUUUCGCGGUCCACCAUCUAACGCGAUUCAAUGCUCAUUGUAUUGUCCGCUGCGCGGAGAAGAAUGGAAUUUUUCUUCCUCUUCUUCUCGUUCUUCGUUUAGAAUCGUUUAACGACUUUAAAUGAUGUUAUAAUGGAUCCCGACCGAUGCUAUCGGCCCUCUCUCAAUGGAAAGGUAGAAACCUCCAGCGACAAAUCAAUGGCUUAAUACAGGUAUCAUUCGAUUGCCGCUAAUUCUCUAAGAAGGGCGGGAAGGAUAAGGAUUAAAACGAUGAGAAUCUAAAGGUUUUUCGAUUUUUCCAAACUCGAUUCUUAUUAUCUAUUCGUACAUUCGUAUAUUCGUAUUAUUUGUUAAUUAUAUAAAGGAGAGGCGAAUACACAGUCGAAGCGAAGUAAAGCUUGAGAUCGACGAACGAAGAUUCGAUUGGGAAAAAACAAAUGUUUCGAGAUCGUCGAACGAAAGUUGAACAAAGAACAAAUGGAUUCGAUCGAGAAACGGGGCAAGUUCAAAGUUCGCCGCUCGAAGUUGGAAAAUAAAUUUUUCCAAGGUCCCAAGCUCUAUAUAUCUCGUCGUCUCGUCUCUCGGCCGAGGUUGGUUGAAUAAUGAAUUAUCGAGGCGCAUCGCAUGCCACGUCGUCACGAUGCCUCCUCCUCGGUGAAAAUCGAUUCAUCGACUCGUCGUCCCGCCAUUCAGAAGCUUAUCCGACGCUGAAUCGCAGCGACGCUGUAACGGACGUCGAAAAAGUGCGGGUUACAUCCUCGAUAACGGGACGACACACGUUGAAAGAAUAUUUUUUUUUCUUUUUUUCUUUUUUUUUUUCCCUGUCCUUUGUUCCUCGCUCUUUUUUUUUUCUUUUUUUUCGUUUUUCGAUACAUGUCACAGGGUAGUAGUAUUACCUGCUAGGAUAUUUUUUUUCAAACCUUCUGGUCUUUUGUUGUUAUUUUUCUUUUUGUUUUGAAAGUUUAAUGAAAAAUUCGUGGCUAGAGUUUUGCGAAUGUUUAAAGGAUGAAAUUUGUUCGCGAUAUUCCGAUAUUUGUUAUCCGGCGAGAUGAAAAUAAAAUAUUAGAAGAUCUAUAAAUUUGUAUAUCUGGAGGGAGAGAAAGGAAGAUUACUUGGUAUAUUUUGUCGAAAUUUUAUUAUUACCAAGAUUGUAGAGAUGAGCGUACGAUUGGUUGUUUUCCAAAAAAGAAAAGAGAUGAAAAGUAAUUUUAAUUUUCGGUAUUCGAUGGGAAUAUUGUCGUUACAAUUAUUUUCGAUUUCGUCUUUUUACACUUAUCUAUCAGAAAUCAAUAUCCUUAUAUCCGUUUCGCUUUUGAAUUUGUUAAACGAUUCAUAAAUAUCUGAUUAUUACCAAUUUACCAAUUUUAAUUGCUGAAAAAUCAAUCAAAAGUUUAAUCGAGAAAAUAUCGAUUUCCUCUUUUCUAAGAAGAAUCAGAUCUAGAAACGGAACGAGAUGUCGAUCCUUUAAAAAUCUGUACAAACCUUUUUACUAAAAAUCAAUAUCUGCAUCCGAAUUCGUUAAAAGAUAUAUAUACCGAAUUAUUCUGAUAACUGGUAAAAAACCAAUCAAAAGAUCGAGAAUAAAGUACCGAUUCGUUCUUUUCCAAGAAGAAUCGGAUCUAGAAACGGUCGAUCCUUUAAAAAAUCUGUACAAACCUUUUUAUUUACCAAAAAUCAAUAUCUGCAUUCGAAUUCGUUAAAAGAUAUAUAAAUACCGAUAAAUUAUUCUGAUAACUGGUGAAAAAGCAAUCAAAAGAUCGAGAAUAAAGUACCGAUUCUUUCUUUUCCAAGAAGAAUCUAAAAAGAAACGGAUCGAUCGAGAUGUCGAUCCUUUAAAAAUCUGCAAUGCCGUCCAUUGGUCAGAGAGAAUCGAGGAAUCGUCCAAGGUUUGGUUGAUCCGCAUCCGAAAGGCGGUCGCCAAUCACCGGCAGUCCGCGAUUCAACAUCAACAACGAUCUCGAACAACGGGAGCGGAGGAGCGAGAUUAAAAUAGCGUUCACGGAUAACGCGUGUCACGAGUUAUUUUUAAACGCGACAGGCGCAUUCUUUUCGCGGCUGGUCUAUCAAUAGCCGGCCCCCGGUAAUAUCUGCUACGCGCAUAAUAAUGAUAUUUCAAGCCGUGACUUUGACUUUUAACUUCGCCUCGCACAGAGACGAGCAACACCAUUGCGUCACGCGACACUUGAAAAUACGUUAUUCUCUCUCUCUCUUCGUGACAGGGCAGCGCCCGUAUCUCCAUAUUUUAUAAACGAGAGAAGCGGGAUGUAAACACUCGCGCGAAUUUCGCUUAAAUUCGGAUUCAGAUUUGCACGCACGUAAAAUCAAAUCUAGAUGUAAUGUUCAAACGUGAAAACGCUGUAACUCGAAGUGGGAGAAAUUUAAUCAGCAUACAGAUAUGAGUUGAUGACAGAUCGGAAUACUGAAGUCUAAUCCAAAAAUUUCGAGCUCGAUUCGUUAAUCUUUCGAGAAAAGGUUCGAGAGGAAAAUGUAUUAACAAAAAUUCAUUUCUUCCUCGUAAAAAUCGAGAUCUUUUCUUUCGUUUGGAGAGAAAUAUUUAUCGAUCACUUACAGAAUUAUGUAAUUAAUUAAACCACAUGUUAAAAAACACGCAAUAGAUGAACUUACAUUCUAUUAGAAAAUUGUGAAGCAAUUUGUCGUACACGUAAUUUCUCAAUAAAUUCGCAAUUGUCGCAUAUAUAUAUUUUACGCAAUAACGCUCUUAUUAAGACAAUAAUCAUUCAUGAUAUUUAAUAAAUUAAUAAUUCGAAAUUGAAUCGUUGGAAAUGAAUUUCCGUCGUGCAGAUGCGAUUGCUAAUUAAUCGAGCUGGCCGAUUGAACGAAAGCCAAGUUCAAUUAAUGAUUAAUUAUUCGAAAACUCGAUGCUUGUUUUCUCACUCGAGCUAGUUUUCCAGCGAUUUCCAGUAAAAAAGUCGUAUCUCGAUCUCUAUUGGAAUCUUACGGCGAAAAUAGCCAUCGAAAUGUACACGCAGAGUCUAAUAUCAACAAGUGGGAAACGGAAUCCACACGUUUCUCGAAAAUUUCUUUUCCUUUCUAGUUUCAUUCAUUGACUCUAUCAAACGAAAUUACAACGAACAACUGUACAAAUGCAAUAUUUAUACAUCCACACGAAUGAUAUGCUACGCAAAGUCAUGGAUUCAGCACGAAAUCUAUCUUCCCAAAUUUAUCUUCCCAAAAAGAAAGAAAAAAACAAAGAAAAAAACCGAACUAGAAAUCGUCAGCACGAGGGAAAAAUGGUGGAAAUGGAACACAGGACGAGAGAUAUCCUAAUGAAGAUCCGUGGGAAGCGGUCUCUUCCAUCAUUCCGCUCGGUGGCGGGAUCCGUGGCGGCACGAUUGAGAUUUCUGCGAGCAGGUGGUCCCCGGUAAUAAAUCGUAUUGUAAGCGAUCCCCUCGACUAGCCACCUGCGAAUCGAUAUCUCGAGCGGCCGGUCCAAGGCGGCUCGCAUGCAAAUUCGCGGCUAUCACACGGGUGGAUAAAGCUUUCCUUCCUCCUCCUUCUUUCGCCUCCUUUCUCGUGCACAGGCGGCUCGCCGGUUCUCGCGCAGCUGGACCGAUCGUUUACGCGCUACUUAAGGGAUGCGUUGCCGAUUUUUUCUUCGGGAAUUGAGAAAUUUUUCCGCGAAACAGGUGCGGGCGAACGUGAAGGAUACACCGCGUGUAUCGAAGAGGUAAUCGAUACGAUUACGAUAAUAUGUUGCGAGUUGCUGUUAUUAAUAACCACGGAUAUCGGUAACGUUCGUGUUUAUUUAGAUCGUCGUUUCGAUUAUCGGGUAGUUUCUUUCCUUGCGCCCAGUUGAGAAAUUUGAAAUGCGAAACAGGUGCGGUGAUAACGCGGUAUAAUUAUGUAUUGACAGUUGAACAAAGUAACCGAUGCAGUUAGCAUAACACGAUAUUUUUCUUAAUAACGGAAGCGCGGAUGUUUAUGCAUCUUGCCAGGUAUUGAGAAAUUUUUGUGAAACGGGGAAACAGGUGCGAGCAAUGAAGAAGGUAUCUGGAAGAAGAAACUGGAGACGUUUCGUGCGAAAAAUAUAAAAUGUUAAGGAAGAAGAAGUAAUUUAGUAAUUUUAUAUACGAGGGAACGUAAUCUUUCCAAUAUUUGUAUCUGAGAAAUAUCGAUAUUUCGUUAUUAUCGUAUUGAAAGUUGUUUGUUGGAGAAUCGAAUAUUCCGAAAACUAAUUAUUUAGUGGGUAAAUCAGCGUACUUGAAGUUCAGCGUGCGCAGAAGACUCGCGUCACGAUCAAUUUCCUAUUAACUCGAUCAACAUGGUACAGUGAAUAAGGCAAUCUAUUAUUAAAUGAUAAUUUCAAUGGGAAAGCGAUUGAACAUAUUCAUAUGUACGAAAUGUUUCUACUAUAACAUUUUUUUAAAUCGCGAACCAAAAACAUUUUCGGAGUAACGAAGAAUUCCAAUCUAAUAUUAUUUCUUAAAUUAUCGAGAUCCUCUUCCUUUCCAUUUGAUAUAUAAUUCAUUUAAUAUAAUUUCAUCGAUUCGAAAUUCGGGAGUGGAAACAUUUUCAAUCACGAUCAACGAUGUUACAAUAAUAUUACUUCUUAAAUUACUUAUCCAUUCAGUUGGAAAUACCACGAACUUUUCCCUUCUCGUGUUAUAUACAAUUUUUUUUUCUCUAAUUGUGAAGAUCGUAGCAAGAGAAAGGUGGUAGUACACUAAUUCAAUAUUCAAACAAACGUGGGUAAGCGCGCGUGUGAUGGCUCUGGUUCGAAAGGGUCGAGAUGAAUGAGACGGUGUCGAAAAAGGACGAGGAAGGGAGAAAGAAAAGUGGAUCCCCCUCGGCGGCAGCCGGUCCAGCGAGUUUUUGGCCGUCUGGCGCUAACUGUUGGCCCCCGUAUCCACCUUCUCAGGUACCGAGAACGGUUCCGUCCCACACGUCGUCCCACUCCAACCAACUCCGGGCCCUACCCGACAGAGAUAACCCUUCCUCCCGUACUGGCCGCCCACAACUCGCUGCAACCACGUCCCUCAAACGUGAUUUAUGGGGGACACGGGGACACGAGGGGAAGAAAAAGGUUCGCAGUGGAAAAAGGUUCGAGGUGGAAAAGGGUGGAGGAAGAAGAACCGUGCACCCCUCUGUGCCUGUUGUGCCACGUGCCGCUUGGUCAGGUGAAUGGAGGGAAAUGUCGUUGUAAUUGAACUUGCAGUUUCGCGAAUGAUUGCUUGACCGUUCAAUGCAUUCGUCUGCUUAAUUCGAAUAGUUGGCAGGUGGAAAUUAAUUUUUUUUAAGAAAACGAGCGAGAGUUCGAUAUCGAGAGAUUGAAAAUAUGAAGGAAAAUGUUGUCGGGUAAUUAGUUUGAACGUGUUUGCGAAUGAUAUUGGUGACAGGUGGUAGUGAUUGGUAUGGAAAAUGGAUUGACAAUCGUCUUUAAUAACGAGGGAGAACUCGUCUUGGACGGUUGAUGGCGGUUGCUGUGGAUCGGGUUUUAGUAAAUUGGCAGAUGGAUUUAAUUUCUCAGAGAAUACUUAUUUUAAAUACGUUUUUUUGAAUUAAUAAAAAUAUAUAUAUAUAUAUUUUUUAUCGACAAUCAAUCGUAUGGAAAAUUUUUCCUGAAAACUAAUAAAAAUCUUUCCGCAAAGAAUCGCGAUACGGAUUUAAUACGUGAAAGAAUGGUGGAAUUCAUCGAGCGAAAAUUUUGUUGCUUCGUCGUCUUCGGUUCUUUCGGUCUCCUCCUCGAUGGAGCGAGGAGGUGGAACGGCAGGAGAUAGAGCGAGGGCCGCGAGGAGGUGGUUCGUUCGAGUGAGUAAAUGGCACGUCAACGUGGACUGCGGGCAAUAUCGGCGGCGAACGUCAGAAGGCCGGCCAACUUUUUUUCCUAGCCAACACACAGACAAAUCGAUAUCUAGCCGCGCUGUAGUUUCGCGUUUUCCUGCUGCACCAGCCUCGACCGCAGGGUCACUGACACAUCGUCCUAUCGUCCACGAUGAAACCGGCCCCCGUUCCCCACCAUUCGCCCAUUUUCCACGAUACUUUGCUCCUUAUUAUUUUUCAUCUUGCUCGAACCAUCUUCCAACACUCUUUCGUUUUUGGCCGAUCUUCGAUCUUCCAUUCCUGCUCAUUUUCCAAACCGGUGUUCGGUUCACUUUUCAACGAUCCUUUCGUUUCCGUAAUAUGACGAGUUUAAGAGUUACAAUAUCGAAAAGCGAGAAAAGAAAAUAACUUGAAACUUUCUUCAACACGAAUUCGAAUAUAAAAUCGAGGAUAAUAAUCUUUUGGAAUGGUAUUUUUUUUUACUUGGUUCGAUAAACCAAGUUCGAGGGUAAGAAUGGCGAGAUAAAGUAAAAUUAGAAUAUAGUGGGGAGACGAAAGACGAGCGGUUUAAGGGCGAUAGUAAAAAGUUCGUGGCCCCAUUAAACCUAGGAUCAAUCCGGACCAGCCAUUCAAUCGAAUCGUGUACAAGGAAAGCAAGGGAAACUGGGUCAGCGCAAUUUCAUAAAACCUCUUCCUGAAACAGCAAACAACGCGAUGUACUCGCUUUUAUAACGUUGCAUCGACCCACAUUCCACCAGCCGCGUUUAAUGCAGUUUUGGACGAGCGAGCGGAACGUGUAAACUCGUGUCCAUCGAACGAUACGCUCUUUGAUUAGUGUGUGGAUCCACGGGUAUUUAAAAUGCGCUUUUGAAAUUUAUCGCUCUACCGUGGAAAUUUGAUUAUUAGAAGAAUUUUUAAUAUUUUUUUUUUUCUCUCUCUUUUUUUCUUCUUGUCGGACGAAUAAAUUGUAUCGUGCAAAAUUUGUUGUCCAAUAAUUGUUUUUUUUUUUUUGCGAAGAGAUCAAUGUGGAUUAAUAGAGAAAGGGGUAGUAAUUUAUCUUUUUUAUUGGAAAGGUAAAUUGCGUUGAUAAAUUUUCGCGGAAGAGUGAAUUUCAAUGAAUUUGUUUUUUUUGCCGAUUAUUCUUAAAUUUAUGUAUUUCGAGAGCGAUAAACUAGAAUUUAAAAAAAUAAAAUCGUUCGGCGUAUGUAUAAUAACCCGUUGUUUACCCUAUUAGAUCGACUUAUUAACUAUUUAUUCAAUGAUUAGUCUCUUUGCGUUUCUUGAAGUUGUUUUACCUAUUAAAGUUAAAUUUCCAUCUCUCGAGUUUCUAUUUAAUUGGCUAUCAAAGUUAAACAAAAAGACUAAAGGCAGAUGUUUGGUGAAAAAUUAACGGUCUGCCUUUGCAGUUUGUUUUAUGACUACACGCUUUAAAGUUAAACAUUUGCUUUCAAAACAGUGUGAUUGACACCUGAACAAUAUCGCUAAAAUAUCGCAGAUAGAUACCACUCGAGUCUAAUUAUCGUCGAGUUUAUUUGCCGAAAUCUUCAUUCUUUCGUUUCGUUUCGAGAAAAACAUAUCGAUGCAAGUGUCGAUCGAUAAACGAUUAGCCAUAGAUCCGUCAAAUCAUAAAAUCAACAAGAAUUUCAUCAAUUUCCUAUUUUCAAGAUUCCUCUCUUAAAAACUCCCCGAAUAUCGAAGACAAAAUAUUACAACAUUACCCAUCCCCCACCAAAACGAGCACAUUCCUAAAAGAACUCCUCCCUCAUCCUCGCCAAGUACUUGGCAUACACCACACACAUAUAUACACAUACAUACGUGCGCAGCGUAUUCGUAAACCCGACCCAACACUUCGAUCCAGACUUGCCAACGGCCACCUCCUCUCUUCCAAAGAAGAGAAAGGGCGACCGUAUUCUCCUAAUAGCGGGCAGCGUCGUGUCAAAAAGAGCCAUCAAACUGCACUCGUUGCUCGCCAACCGUACGUACUACUUCCUGCCUUUCCUGCCGCCUUGCUAGAACCGCGACCCUCUCCUCGUUUCUUCCACGCACGGCAGAGAGAGCGUGACACUCUCCUCGUCGCGGCAGCACCGGUUUGGUUCCACCAUCCAUCGCCCUUCCCUCGUCCACGCGCUCUCCAUCUGGCUACCCCUUCGUUCGCCGUCCGUGGCCAACUCGCGACUAGGAGAACGAGGAGAGAUCGUUCCCUCUCGCUCUCACCUCGACCGACACCUCUCUUCGUUCUUCCUGUAUACCUUCGUUCCACGCUCCUCGCUCUCCUCUUUCGCUCGGAUUCUCUUUCGGUCGAGGCUCGGCCGCGUCGUCGCUCCUGUUCCUUCCCUCUUCUUUCGCGUGUUUUCGCGCACAUGGAGGGGAUUACCUUCUCGGGUGACGUGUUACCCUGAUACCAUGGGCAGCCGGACGCAGACGUGCAAGAUGGCACGCCCAACUGUCGCCACGCAGACGCCGUCGUCGCUCGCUGCCGCCGUGGAAACAGGAUUACAUGCACGGCUUGAUGUGUCACGGAUCGCGGUGAUUCGGUGCUGCGGUUACCGGGCUCACGCUGCCGACUCGACGACGCGGGUUACGUGCACGAGGUGCGGCGAAAGAUUUAGAGAGGGAGGGCGGGGGGCGGUUGGCACGAGGAAACGGUGUCAGUCGGUGGAUACGCGUCACGUGACGGCCGAGACCGCGACCUAUCGCAAGCGGUGGUGCAGAGAGGCGUCGGAGGCUGGACGCUGGAGCCACGACGACUACAACGACGGCGACGGCGACGACGACGGCGGCGCCUGGGUUUCCAGGGAUUUUCGUGGGUGGAGCGUGGUGAUCGAUAGCGGGCCGGUGAGAGGGCUGACUAAGGGGGUCGUCGCCAAGGUGAUGACGGGCGACGACAGCAUGAGCGACGACGUGUUCGAGAUGGAGGAAGACACCUCCGCGGCGCUUUCCACCGGUCUAACACCUCUUAUGGGUCAACCCACCACGACCCCCUCGCCGACCGGAUAUCGGGACUACAAACCCCCCGCAGAAGUGUUGGACAACAAUUACGGCUACUCGUCCAGAGACUACAACGACAUAAGGAGUAGUUUCAAGAGGACCAAAGAAGAUGACUCCGCCUUGACGCACAAGACAAUCCUCCUGGGCGACAGUGGCGUGGGCAAGACGUCCCUGCUGGUUCAGUUCGAUACUGGAAAAUUUCAGCCGGGAAAUUUCGCGGCCACGGUCGGGAUCGGGUUCACGGUGCCCUCUCAGAGCCACGCGCUCGAUACACCGAGCUCGAGCCGUGCAUCAAGCGCGGCGCCACGAUUGAGAAAGAGAGAGAGAGAGAGAGAGAAAGAGAGCAUCGAUCCGACUCUCGAUCCAAUCGGUCGCGGUUCUCGCCGAGAGGACUUUCACUCGGCGUCCGUUGAUCGGCCGCGGCGAACGAGCGGGCGAAGCGGAAGGCAAGAGAGAAGAGGCGCGAGGUGAAACUCCGUCCCUCUCCGCCUCUGGUCCCGGGUUGACUGACCUCGAUAGCGAAGGAAAGGAGGUGGCGGUGAUCCGCGGGAAGCGAAGAAGGAGCGGGUUAACGGCGACGACGGCGACCACGGCGACGACGGCCGCGACAACGACGUGCGCGACGAGGAGUGGCCGAGAAGAAGAAGAGCAAAUUGGUGCUCCCGGUAGCAGGGGCCCAUGAGCGCAAUGGAGGAGAAGUUGCGCGGCGUGACGAAGCGCGGGAGCAGGCACGGUCCCCGUGCAACGGGGCCAGCCGCCUCCGAUUGGCCGGCCGCGCCUGGGUCCAGUGGUGGGGGGAGGGGCCAGGCUACCCCCUCCACCUCGCAGCCAGGCGGCUCUGCGUACAACCGCGGUCACGAGAGCCCGAGCAGGCGGCAGUCCUCGCGGGACAGCGUCGAGCCGACGGGCCAACAGGCCCCACCCGAACACGGCGAGCUCCUUUUCAAGGUCCUGCCCUCUCUCCUGAUACACAGCGCCACGUAACCUCUCGAGAAAGAGAAAGAGAUCGGUGGUACAGGGAUUCACCUUUUUGCGCCUCGAUCCAACCCUUACGGUAAACCGCGUUAAACCGGGUGUCCACCGGCGCGUGAAUUGUUUGCGAACGAACGCACGCCAACGUGGAUUUGCGUCAGCAGAGAUCCACGGUAAACAAAAGUGGACGAUUGAUUUUGCUCGCUAUGUUGUGUGUUGUAUGCGGCCAAGGAAAUUUAUUCGUGCUUUUUUUUCUCUUUUUUUUUUUUUGGUUUGACGAUGGAGGGCACGUGGGAUUUUUUUCUAUUUUUAUUAUAUUUCCUUUUCGAAAAAAUUUAUUCGGAAAGUUGGAGCAAAUGCACGGGUUUAGUGGAUACCCGGUCGAGUUUUCGUAUAAUUGAAACUCGAUGAUCGACGCGAUAUGAGAUAUCGCGUGUGUGAGAACGCAGUCUUCAGAUUAUAUGGUUUGACUGAUUUCUAGGGAAAUUAAGAAAGCUGAGAAACUUCGACGGUAACUUUACUUUAAUUAUAUGGUAACUAACUUUUGAUCACGUUUCGCCGUUUCCAAACGCAACUCUACCGGCAAAAAUUAACUUUUCCAAUCGACAAUCUUUUUAGCUUCAACUUAUAAACCGAAAGCAUGCUUGUAAGUAAGCUUCUGCACUCUUUUUCUUCGCAAUCACGAUCUUUUCAGCGACUUCAUUCUUGGAGGAAACCACUUUUCCAAUUUCGCUCUUCUAAUUUUAGUCUUUCCAACUGGGAAACUUAAUUUCCAGAAUUACUUUAUAACAUCAUUAGUAGCCAUCUUCUAAAAUUUAUGAAACAUUCUUAUCCUGGCAAUAGUUCAUGGAAACUAAUUUUAUAAUUUCUUCUAUUAUAUGCUAACAGUUCAUAUUUUAACGAUUUACGAUUGAUCGAGUAUGAUCAUUUGAUCGAACAAUUUCACGAUCAAAAAUGAGGAAUCACUUUGACUAUAAUUUAGAUCGAUAAUUAUUUUUUUUCGAAUGAGAUAAUCAGUUGAAUGCGUUUGGACACGAACUCGUUGCGUGAUACAAUUCAAUAUGAAUCUUAAAUUUAGCUUUCGUUAAAUUAAACAAAAAGAAAAAAGAUCAUGGAAUUUUAAUAAUUUCGUUUUAUUUUUCUCGUCGUAAAUAAAUAACGAAGAUCGUAUAAAAUGAUCACUAUUUUCUUUCUAUUAGAGAUUAUAUGGAUAAACACUUUAAAGAUUAAGUCAUUUUAUACAAGAGAAAAUUCCAUUCGCGAAAGAUUAUGGAAAUUAUGAAUAUCGUCCCAUUUUCAUUCUAUUAAGGAAUAUAAGUUAAUUUAAAAACUA